AGGGUUGCACUCCAGUUAUAUCAUGUCGCGUCCAGCACACCUAGAGAAUCCUCAAGGACGCGCUUGCCCUCCGUGGCUGGCCUCGCCAGGCGAAAGGGCGUACGAACUGCGCCGUCUUACGUCCUGCCAAGUUCGCCUCUUCGAGUACAAAGCUGAUAGCCACCCAGCCUGGUCCGAAUGUUACUCCAACACUUUACCCUUCGCUAAACUCACCUCAGCUUAGUCAAUAGCGCGCGAUGCCAACUUCUAGAUUAUGGACCCUAUCUCCAGCGCAGCAAGUGUUAUAACAUUGCUAGGGGCGGCCGCAGGCACGAUCAAAGUCAUCCAUGACGCGGUAAAUUCGAUUAUCGAUGCUCCCAGGGAUAUUCGAACGCAGAGCGAACGGCUUGGAUUCCUCUCCAUCACACUCGCUAGCAUCGUUCAGACUUGCAAACAACUUCCGGGCGAUUGUCAAUUAGAUCUGGAACUCUGUGGUAUAGGCGAGCUCGUUAAGGAUGCCAUAUUACUGGAAGGCAAAUUAAGCGCUCGAGGAACGCGCAUGGUCAGGAGUAGUCUCGGCAGGGUUCACGAAAGCUGCAAAUGGCUUCUAUUCGAUCGGCAGCUCAAGCGGUUUUUCGAAUCUCUGGAUCAAUGGAAUACCAUCCUUUCCCAAGUCUUCUUGGUAGCACAAAUGACGCUCUUGAGACAAAUCCAUGCCCAAACGUCAUUGUUAACGCGCCUACCGCAUCCUACUCAACCCGUUCUACCGAUAACCCCACAGAUCUCGAUGAUACCCCACAUCUACAAAGAAAGUCAGAUGAUGAUUCCUGACAAAGUGUCUCGGAUCUCGAUGCGGAUUCCACAUACAAGGGAGAAUCGGCUUGCUUCUUUAGCGAGGAUAGCUGAACCUAUUGGAGUACUGAGAGGUUACCAAUAUCAUAUCCAGAUGCUAGGUAUCGAUAUGGCUCUGUCUGGGGGAAGGCUAGUGGUAAAACGCUGGUCCCGUUCUGGGAAGGAAAUACACACUACGCUGCCUCAGUCGGAAGGUCAUCAUUUUUCGCUCAUCAUGUCAAUGCCAAAAGUCACUAGUCGGCGGUUGAAGCUAUAAAGAAGGACGAUAUAUGUCACCUCCAAAACCAAUUAUCAUCUAACACACUGUGUCUAUCCGAUCGCAUUGCAGGAGGUCACAGUAUGCUGCAUUAUGCAGUGCGUCACAGUAGGCCAGCCAUCGCCACGAUGUUGAUCGAUGAAGGCCUUGACGUCAAUGUGCAGAACGAUCGUGGCCAGUAAGUGCUUUCGUCCUUUAUCA